AUGAUGGCCACGUCGGCCCGCCGCACGCCCGCCACCGCGAGUGGGGGGUGGCACUCGGUCGCGGCGGGAGUCAUCGCUGGGUGCAUCACGCGCACCACGACGUCGCCGCUCGACGUGGUCAAGGUCGUGUUCCAGGCACGGGCCCACGGCGCAACGUCACUGCAAGCCACGUGCCGCACGCUCGUGCAAACGGGCGGUCUCCAAGGGUUCUGGAAAGGCAACUUGGCCGGCUGCUGUCGCCUCGGACCGUACGCGGGCGUCAAGUUCUGCCUCUUUGACCAGCUCCAGACGCUGGCCGACGUCACCAACCCCUCCAACGCCGAACGAGCCGCGUGCGGCGCCCUCGCCGGCAUGGCUGCCACGUUCCUCGUGUACCCCAUGGAGCUGCUCCGCACGCGGCUUAUCGUGUCCCCCGUUCCCCUGACCAUCCGCCAAGAGGCUCUGCACAUCGUCCAGACGGACGGCAUCCGGGGAUUCUACCGCGGCUGCGCGUCCGGUCUGGUCGGCGCGAUUCCCUUCGAAGGCAUCCAGUUUGCUUGCUACGAGUUUGGCAAGACGUACACGACGGCGCACCGCUGGCCCGCCUGUCGCUGGCCUCAAGACAAGACCCAGCUGCACACUACGGACCACCUCGCCCUCGGCAGCGUGGCGGGCGCGGUCGCGCAACUCGUCGCGUAUCCGCUGGACACGAUCAAGAAGCGCUUGCAGCUGCAGCCCCGGUACCACGGCACAAUGGACUGCCUAGUCAAGGUGGUGCGCGAGGAGGGGGUUUUGGCCUUGUAUCGAGGGUCGAUACCCAACCUCGUGCGCCUCGUGCCGUACGCGGCCGUCAUGUUUGCGUCGUACGAGGCCGCCAAAGACUGUCUCAACAAGUUGUGA